AAAUUCUCAGCUCUUGGUCUGCAACCCAAACAUUUAUAGCUGUUCCAUCCCAGUAACCUUUCACCAGGAGCUCGUUCACAUGCCCCAGCUGUGUGCCAGAUCCAGCUCAUCAGAGAUCCCUGGCCGGCAUCUCACCACACUUCAGUCAGCCCAGGGACAAAAAUUCCUCCAUUUUGCAAAGUCUGAUUAUUUUCUUGACGACAUCUUUGCAGCCUGGAUGGCUCAACGGUUGAAGACUCACUUGCUAACAGAAACCUGGCAGCGAAAGAGACAAGAGCUUCCUUCAAACUGCUCCCUUCCUUACCAUGUCUACAAUGUCAAAGCAAUUAAGUUAUCUAGACAAUCUUAUUUCAGCUCUUAUCAGGAUCAUGCCAAAUGGUGUAUUUCCCAAAAGGGCACCAAAAAUCGCUGGACAUGUAUUGGAGACCUAAAUCGGAGCCCACACCAAGCCUUCAGAAGUGGAGGAUUCAUUUGUACCCAGAAUCAGCAUAUUUACCAAGCAUUCCAAGGAUUAGUUUUAUAUUAUGAGAACUGUAACUAAACUUGGUGAAAGGACAUAUGUGCUAUCAUUUUCAACACUGAUAUGGUAUCUUCUUCUACUAGAUCUAUUCUUUAUAUAUUAAAAGCCUGUGAAUUUACUUAUGGUCCACAUACCAUCAAAUAAAAUGUUUU